CCCACAACGGCUGGGUGUGCAAAGCGGCGGUGGCGGGCGCGGCGGAAGCGAAGAGACCUGAAGGGGACCCGGGCCUGACUCCCGCGCCGGGGUGGAGCACCAUGGACGAAGCAGGCAGCUGUGCGAGCGGCGGAGGCUUCCGGCCGGGCGUGGACAGCCUGGACGAGCCCCCCAACAGCCGCAUCUUUCUGGUGAUCAGCAAGUACACGCCCGAGUCGGUGCUGAGGGAGCGCUUCUCGCCCUUCGGCGAGAUCCAGGACAUCUGGGUGGUGCGGGACAAGCACACCAAGGAGUCCAAGGGCAUCGCCUUCGUCAAGUUUGCCCGCAGCUCGCAGGCCUGCAGGGCCAUGGAGGAGAUGCACGGCCAGUGCCUCAGUCCCAAUGACACCAAGCCCAUCAAGGUUUUCAUUGCUCAGUCCCGAUCAUCUGGAAGUCACCGCGAUGUUGAAGAUGAAGAACUUACGAGAAUAUUUGUUAUGAUACCAAAGUCCUACACAGAAGAAGAUCUGCGGGAAAAAUUUAAGGUGUAUGGAGAUAUCGAGUAUUGCAGCAUUAUUAAGAAUAAAGUAACUGGAGAAAGUAAAGGUUUGGGUUAUGUUCGAUACUUAAAACCAUCACAAGCUGCCCAAGCAAUAGAAAACUGUGAUCGAAGUUUUAGGGCAAUCUUGGCUGAACCUAAAAAUAAAGCGUCUGAAUCCUCGGAACAAGACUAUUAUAGUAACAUGAGGCAGGAGACAUUGGGACAUGAACCUAGAGUUAAUAUGUUUCCAUUUGAACAACAAUCUGAGUAUUCAAGUUUUGACAAAAAUGACAACAGAGGCCAAGAAGCUAUCUCCAAACGCCUGUCAGUUGUAUCAAGAGUUCCUUUCACUGAAGAGCAGCUUUUCAGUAUUUUUGAUAUAGUACCAGGAUUGGAAUACUGUGAAGUUCAACGAGAUCCUUAUUCUAAUUAUGGUCAUGGAGUGGUUCAGUAUUUCAACGUAGCAUCAGCUAUUUAUGCAAAAUACAAGUUACAUGGGUUUCAGUACCCUCCUGGGAAUCGGAUAGGUGUUUCCUUCAUUGAUGAUGGGAGUAACGCAACAGAUCUUCUCAGAAAAAUGGCAACGCAGAUGGUAGCAGCACAGCUUGCAUCAAUGGUGUGGAAUAACCCAAGUCAGCAGCAAUUUCUGCAAUUUGGAGGAAAUUCUGGAUCACAGUUGCCUCAAAUCCAGACAGAUGUUGUACUUCCAUCGUGCAAAAAAAAAGCCCCUCCUGAAACUCCUGUGAAAGAAAGACUUUUUAUCGUGUUUAAUCCUCAUCCUUUACCUUUAGAUGUAUUAGAGGAUAUAUUCUGUCGUUUUGGUAACCUGAUCGAAGUUUACCUUGUGUCAGGAAAAAACGUGGGGUAUGCCAAAUAUGCAGAUAGAAUAAGCGCAAAUGAUGCCAUUACUACUUUACAUGGAAAGAUCCUAAAUGGAGUCAGACUUAAAGUUAUGCUGGCGGAUUCCCCAAGAGAAGAAUCUAACAAACGACAAAGAACUUACUGAUUCUUGAGAACAAAGACUAAAUAAUGACAUAAUCCUCAGCUGACUGACUGAAAAUGUGACUGGACGCACUCCCUGUGGACAGUUGACCGCUUUUUUUUCAUAUACCUGAUAGUCUGUGCACAACAUUGUUUUGUCUGGGGAGCACGGAUUGUUGACAUGUAUUUUUGAAUUCACACAUCAGUGCUAAAACUAAUAUAACAGUUGUUUCUUAGAGCAAUAUGUUGUUAUAUGUAGCAGAAAUAAAGUUUUCUUUGCUUGACUAAAUCAUGCCUUAUUUAUGUGAAAGAAGAGAAUAAAACAUAUAACAGUGUUUAGAAUUUGACAAAAUGACAUAUUUCAUUGAUUUUGAGAUGCACAUUUUUUCACAUUUUUGUAUUUCUGAAAUUGGACACAUCGUGAUAUCAACUGUGUGCCAUACUGUAAUUGACAACCUGUUUUUAUUUCUUAAUAGAACAUGAAACAAAGGUGCUUCC